CACAAAAGUUGAUCGAUCCUGCUGGCGUUCAGUGAAAAUUAAGAAAGGUUCAAUUAUAUCUGCAUAACUGAUUGCUCGGCUGCGGUUUUUCGGUGAAAAGAUUUGCCAAUUUUUGAUUUUUCAUCAAAUACAACACGCUUUGGUUGGAAUUUUCGUAAAGGAUGCGGUUUGCCUUCGGAGCAAAAAGGAGUGUACACACAUCGCGUUGAAGGUUACGCCGAACGCUGGUGGGAAAAGCAUGCAAAUAGUUUGGUAAACGGUCGAUCAUGAGUGAAUAACGUACAGAACAGAAAAGCAAUGGAAAGUGAAAAGUUACUGAUGGCCGCCGGUGUUACCGCGGCCGUUGUUGUGGGAGCAUUUGUGUUCUGGGGACCCUCAGGCUCGUCGAAGCUACGGCAGCGUCGCGGCCAGAUAGCGGGGUUGCAUAAUUUCGGAAAAACCUGCUUCUUGAACACGCUGCUGCAGGCGCUCGCCGCCUGCCCCCAGUUCAUCGCCUGGCUGCAGCUGCACAACACCAAAGAUAAGAAAAGUCUCGUCUCGUCGUUGCAGAACGUGCUGGAGGUGGUCAAUGGCACGCAUCCGACACUGCGCGGCGACCCGUACGCUCCGGGUGCCGUCAUACGCGCCCUGCACGCCUUGGGCUGGGUGAUUUCACCCGAGGAGCACGAUGCCCACGAGCUGCUGCUGGUGAUGCUCAGCUCGCUCGAGGAGGAGGUCUCGAAGCCGCGCAAAAUUGGCUGCCUCUCGGAUGCGCUCGAUGAUAUAGGCGGUGCAGUACGGGGUCCUGCGGGUGAUGGUAUUGGCGGGGGCGAUAUUUCUAGUGGUUUCCACCCGAUCCCGGCCCGACCUUCCAGCGCGAUGCUGUCCGACUUUUGCAACGCCGAGUACGACGAGUCGACGAUCCUGACGCGGUACACCCGCUCCGAAGCUCACACGCCCGACUCGCCGCACUCGGUGUGCACGGAAAACGAGGAGCAGUCCCAGGAUGGGUCGCUGCUCGAGUUCGGUGCGUCGCCGGCGCACACCAUCAGUGCGGCGUUCUCCGGCGGGGUCAGUCGGCGGUUCAUCGACGGCAGUCGGGUGGCCAUGCCGCCACCGCUGCGGCAGGCGGACGCCGAGGCGAGGGCUGAGCCCGGCGGUUUUGCCGGCAAGCGGCAUUCCGCCUCGUACCGCUCGCUUGAGCGCCUGAAUCGGGGGCCCGGUCGGGUGUCGGUGUGGGGUGACAAGCAGCACCAGCAGAUACCGCAUCCGUUCCGCGGCGGCAUGGGCAGCCAGCUGCAGUGCGGCGGCUGCGGCUACAAAUCCACCGUGCGGUACGACAAGUUCGACAGCAUCACGCUCCCGCUGCCCGAAACGGCCGCCCCCGGGCUCGGCAUCGGCAACCUGCUGUCCGAUUUCAUCCAGCCGGAAAUGCUCGACGCGGUGCAGUGCGAAUCGUGCCACGAGACGACGACGCACACGAAGACGAUCACGUUCAGCAAGCUGCCCGCCUGUCUCUGCAUUCACAUCGCCCGCACGACCUGGCUGGCGAGUGGGCGAGCGCACAAGCGCCUCGACAGCAUACACUUCCCGGAGACGCUCUCGAUGGCGCCGUACAGCUUCGUCCAGCCGGGGCUGAACAGCAACAUCAGCACGCCCUGGGGCUCGACUACCUCGCUCUACACGGCCGGCCUAGUUAACCUAGGGCAGACUGAGGGAGGCGACUGUGCAAGCAACGAGGGAGCGUCCGGCAGCUCCAUGACCUUCGGUUCGUACACGUUCGGCGCAAUGUUCCCGCGUAACCUGUACCGGCUGCUGGCAGUAAUCGUACACUCCGGGGAGGCUAACGCAGGCCACUUCGUCACCUAUCGCCGGGGUGCACUGCGGAAUUCGUACAAAUGGUACUACACGUCGGACACCGUGGUAAGGGAGGUUCCCAUCGAAGAGGUGCUGAACAGUUCCGCCUAUAUGCUUUUCUACGAUCGUGGAUCGUCGUCGAAGUACCCGUAAGGUACGUAGGCGUUGGUGUUGGCGUUGACGUUGGUGGCGAGAGAUACAGUGAGAGGGGCAUCGCUUGUUUUUUUUUAUAACUUUCCUUACUCAUUGCUUUGACCCGUGAUUGUGAUGUGUACAGUGCAGUUAGUUAAGUUAAGAAGGAAAUACUGUUUACCGUUAGAUACUACUUGAGAGACAUUUAAGAAUUGUUGUUCGUGCAUUUCGCCUUCUUUCCUAGUUUACCAUUACGAGGCGCUCCACAGCCACCACGUCUAGCCUGGUGGUAGAGCAGACUGUCGAAACCCAACCAGGCGCGAACAGCGACCGCUUGAUCAGGAGCUGAAGUCUAGUUGUGUAUUUGUGAACAGUUAUCGUAGACGUUUUCAUCCUGUUGCGGAGCGAUGGAGUAGCAAAGAGAGCUAACGCAACACCGCAACACGAAAUGCGGUGUGGUGGCAGCCCCGGUACUGGUAGCACAAAACGCUCUCAAGGUUGUAGCUUGUACGUGUUUUUAUGUAGAAUCAACUCGUCGUCGUACGGUGCGCUUUCCUCAUGAAGGCAGGAAGUCACGAUUUGCUCGGAAGGAAAGAAGCUGCCGCGCGGCGCCUUGACGCAGAACCACUUUCCCAAACGAAGUCCAAUACAGCGCGCACCGUUCGUAGCAUUGUGCAGCUUGUGCAACGCACCAGUCAGGUUGCACGUGUCGCUUUCUUGUCUACUAUUCGCUGCUAAAUAUACAUAUAUAUAUAUUUCUCUAACUAAUUCCAACUAGACGAGCGCGUUA